UCCAUUUGGUGGCGUUUCUUCUUUUUGUGGGGGGCAGAGGAGCAGUGGAAAGCACACAGAUUUUGACAGUGUCCCAAAGAUGCUUGGAGGAUACAAACACUUUUCUCCGGGAAAUUAACCAGGAUGAACCAAAGGGCUAUGCUGUUCUAAUGUAUGAUGCUUUUGGGAAAGUGGGCAGCAAUGUUGUAGGAGGUAACACCAACCAGCCUGGUUUGCUGCAGCAGUGCCGCUCUGCUCACGGCCCCAGCUUUUCUGGACAGUACUGCCAGGUGUUCCUUCGGCAGGGAAGAGUCCAGUACUUUGUCGGUAUUUGUGUACCUGACUCCUGUGAGAAAGAUGACGUGCAAACAUUGGUGCUUUACGACCAGCUUCAGUUUAAUCAGAUGUCCCUCAUUCCUCCUUUACCUUCCAUCCUGGUCAAUCAGUCCACUCAGGAGAUGAUCAUGACUCACUGUUUGUCCAGCAAAAUUGCCCCUGAUACAUCUGAUAUCACCUGCCUGUCAGGUUACCUGUGCAGCAAAGAUGAGCAUCUCUUCAUAUGUCCAGGCCUUUAG